GAUUCUUAACGGCCGUUCCGCUGGUUCUAUCGAUUCGCCGUUCCCCCCGUUCACCGUGUUUACGUGACGUGGUGAUCGCGGCGGCGGUGGCCCAAGCGACAGUGGAUACGUUACACAAAUAGCCGGUCGCAUUCAAAUUAACGGAGUUGGGAAUUAUUCUCGAAUUACUGUUGGCGUCCAGCUUUCAUCAUGUUGCAAUCGAUAUUCGACGAUGUGCGGCGCAUGAAUAAGCGCCAGUUUUUGUAUCAAGUGCUGAGCUUCGGCAUGAUAGUCUCAUCGGCGCUGAUGAUAUGGAAGGGUCUGAUGGUUGUCACCGGCAGCGAAAGCCCUAUCGUGGUCGUAUUGAGUGGUAGUAUGGAGCCUGCAUUUCAUAGAGGCGACUUGCUUUUCCUCACUAAUUAUCAGGAUGAACCUGUAAGAGUAGGCGAGAUUGUAGUUUUCAAAGUCGAGGGCAGAGAUAUACCCAUUGUGCACAGAGUACUUAAACUUCAUGAAAAGGGUGACCAAAAUAAUACGGUCAAGUUCCUCACGAAAGGCGAUAACAAUUCUGUGGACGAUCGAGGUCUGUACGCACCUGGUCAGCUGUGGUUGACACACAAGGAUGUAGUUGGGCGAGCGAGAGGCUUCCUACCAUACGUCGGCAUGGUCACUAUAUAUAUGAACGAAUAUCCUAAAUUUAAGUAUGCAGUAUUAGCAUGUCUUGGACUGUACGUUUUGGUACACAGAGAAUAAAGCUGCUCGAUAAGUUUAAA